AUGCCUCUUUUUACAUUUUUUUUGGUCUUCUUUUGCAUAGCAUGUGUAGGAAAACGGGAAUGUAUAAAAGAGAUUUCCAAUUUAAAAAGUUCUAUUAAAUUAAAUUAUUUAACUUUCAAAGGAAUUUCAUUAUCAAAAUCUAGAGCUAUUCAUACAAAAUUAACCAAGACAAAUGAUAGUCUGUAUGAAGCAUGGGGAGUAACACCUUUGUGGAAUGCAAAACCUUUUUCCUUAAUGAAACUUCCAUUCAAUCCUCAAGAAAUGAAACCAUUUUUGAGUGAGGAAGGAAUUAAGUAUCAUUACAGUAAACAUCAUGCCGCGUAUGUGAAAAAUUUAAAUGAUUUUGCAACAAAACAUCCUGAGUUAAAAAACAUGUCGUUAGAGGAAAUAAUGCAAAAAUACGAUGGACCAAUUUAUAAUAAUGCGGCUCAAAUAUUUAAUCAUAACUUUUUUUGGUUGGCACUGAAAAACAAUGGAGAGGGAAAACCAUAUGGCGAAAUAAAAAACAAAAUUGAUGAAUCCUUUGUUUCUUUUGAAAAUUUUAAAGAACAGUUUGCAAAGGAGGCAGCAAGUCAUUUUGGAAGUGGUUGGAUUUGGCUAGUAAUUAAAGACCAUAAAUUACAAAUUUAUCAAGGGCAUGAUGCCGAAUGUCCAAUUAAAAAUCAGAUUGGCCACCCAAUACUAGCAUUAGACGUAUGGGAACAUGCCUAUUAUGUGGACUAUAGAAAUUCUAGAGCUGAUUAUAUAAGAGAAUGGUUUUCCAAAAUUAAUUGGGAUUUUGCCAAUUAUAAUUUAUCAAUUGUAAAUUAG